AUGAGAUACCAAGUUAUUGCUAUCUUCGCUGCUGCCGCUGCAGUUACCGCAGCCAAACCCCACCAGCGCAUCUACCAUCAUGGUCACGCGCAUGUAAGGCGAAUGGCCCGCCCAGACAGCGCUGUGUAUGCGCCAGCGCCCGUUGAAACCGUCAUCGUAUAUGAAUUGGACGGCCGUCUUAUCUCAGAGGAUGAAGCUCGAAGAGGUAUCGCCAAUGGCACUUUGCGUUGGGGUGAUGACGGUAUCCUAUCGACCUUUACUACAGGCCCGAUCGCUCUCCCCACAACUCCACCGACCCCCUCACCUGAGGUGAAGGAUCCUGUGCAGAAGCAGCCGCCCACCACAGAGGUUCACCAGAUCGAGACUCAACAAUCAUCUCUGCCUGUCAAGGAGGCUCCCACUACAGUCGUACCUGCUCCCUCGUCAGCGCCGGCCCCAUCGCAAGACCCAGCUCCGAUCUCAGCGCCAGACGCGUCGCCAGAUGACCCUAACGACUUGGUCGACAAGGACGGCAAUUGUGCAUCAUGCGACAAGCCAUUUCCCAACGGCGUCAUCCCCUGCAGCCAGUUCCCGUACGGCUAUGGUGCCAUGCCCCUCGGCAACGAGGGCCUCGGAGGCUGGUCUGGCAUCCAAGAUCCUGGAUACCGUGGCGGCGAUGGCUUUGACAACAUCAGAACCAUUGUCAAAGGAUCAUGUUCGGAUGGUUCGUGUUGCACAGAAGGGACUUACUGCUCAUAUGGAUGUCCAAACCCUUAUCUCAAGCUGUCAUUCCCCAAGAAGCAAGGCAAGACAGGACAGACCGUUGGCGGAUUGUAUUGCAACGACCAAGGCAUGCUGGAGAUGGCGGAUGGCUCUAUCGGCAAGACGCUCUGCGGUAAAGGCUCCAACAAGAUGACAGUAAAGGUGCAGAACAAGCUCUCAAAGCCGGUUUCUAUCUGCCGCACCGACUAUCCGGGAACUGAGUCUAUGACCUUCCCACUUACUGUCGGCCCUGGCGAGACGGGCUAUCUGGCCAACCCGGAUCAGAGCAAGUACUUCUUUUGGGAGGGAAAACCUACGUCUGCCCAUUAUUACGUCAACAAGCAGGGCGUGCCUGAGAGCGAGGCUUGCACCUGGGGUCAGGACGGUAAGGGUGUUGGCAACUGGUCGCCUACAAUCUUCGGCACCUCCUUCGACGACCUCGCCUCCAACGUUGGCUAUUCCAGUUUGAAGCAGAACGAGCUGAAUUGGAACGAGAAGCUUGACUACUCGAUCACAUUUACUGGUGACGGUGUCACAAACGCGUGCAAGUACAAGGCAUCCACUGGUAGAUAUGGUCAGGGCGAUAAAUGGUUCGACAGCAACAAGGAUGGCUGCACCGCUGGCAUCAAAGAGGGCGGUACUCUCACUCUAGUCCUCACUGAUGACUAG